GCUGCUACACGAAAACUCAGUACACGUCGUUUGGCUAGUGUGAGUGUAGUUUGUAUAGCUGUAUUUUGGCUGCUGUUUCAUAUUCAUGCAUUAAUAUUCACGCAAAUUCUACAGUAUGGACCAAGCUAUUUUGUUUGUUAUUAUCAACCAGGAACAUACACUACAAUUAUGGCUUUCUAUAUGGUCCUGGUCAAUGGAAUUCUUCCACCUUUGUUGAUGGGAAUACUUGGACUUUGGACAGUGAGAAAUAUUCGUGGAGUUAAUCGUGGAAGACACCCUGAUAGUUUAACAAAUACUAGAACUAUGACAAUUGGUAGACCACGUAUUAUUCGAUCCAAAGAUCAACAACUUAUUCGAAUGUUAUUUGUGAAUAUUAUUUCUUACAUCACUUUUAAAUGUCCACUUACAAUCUUUCUUGUCUAUACACAAACUACGUUAAAUAAAGAGAAAAGCGCGGAACAAAACAUAAUUGAAUCAUCAAUUGUACAGUUAACAUACUUUUGGUAUUAUUUCGAUAAUGGCAUCAGUUGUUAUACAAAUUUAAUCGUAUCAAAAACUUUCCGUACAGAAUUAAAACGUAUUCUUUUGAAUGCUAAUCCUUUUUAA